AUGAGGUUGUGCAUUGAUUAUAGGGAGUUAAAUAAUGUGACGAUAAAGAAUAAGUACCCACUUCCCAAGAUCGAUUAUUUGUUUGAUCAAUUAAAGGGAGCUAGUGUGAUUUCCAAGAUUGAUUUUCGUUUGGGGUAUCAUCAACUAAGCGUUGCUGAUAAGGACAUUCCUAAGACUGCUUUUAGGACUAGAUAUGGGCACUAUGAGUUUACAGUCAUGCCUUUUGGGUUGACCAAUACACCUGUAAUAUUUUAUGGAUUUGAUGAAUCGAAGAAGGUUGCAGUUUUGGGACAUUAUGUGUCUAAAGAUGGUGUUUAUGUGGACCCAAAAAAGGUUCAAGCAGUGAGUGAAUGGUCUACGCCUAAGAAUGUGUCUGACAUAAGGAGUUUCUUGGGACUAGCUGGCUACUACAGAAGAUUUGUGAAGGAUUUCUCGAAGAUUGCUAGACCCUUAACUACCUUGAUAAAGAAGGAAAGGUGUGUGUUGCAACAAAAUGGGAAAGUGAUAGCUCAUGCUUCUCGCCAACUAAAAUCUCAUGAAGUUAAUUACCCUACACAUGAUCUUGAACUUGCGGCUAUAGUGUUUGCAUUGAAGAUUUGGAGACAUAAUUUGUUUGGAGUAAAGUGUAAGAUCUUUACGGAUCACAAGAGUUUCAAAUAUAUCUGUACUCAGACAAAUAUCAAUAUGAGACAACGGCGUUGGUUGGAAUUGUUCAAUGACUAUGACGUGAACAUAGAAUACCAUGAAGGGAAAGAAAAUGUUGUUGCAGAUGCCUUGAGUAGGAAAUCAAGUCAUGGUGUGAAUGCUUUAAUCGUGCCUCACAAGUUAUGUGAAGAUAUGAAGCGUUUGAACUUAGAGGUUGUGACAUAUGGUGAAGUAGAAGCAAGGUUGAGUGCUCUCUCAAUUGGGAGUUCAUUGUUGGGCGAAAUAAAAGAGAGUCAAAAAGGUGAUGAAGGAAUCCAAUUGAUUAAGGAAAAAAUGAGCCAAGGGAAGAAUUUAGAUUUCACGAUCCAUGAUGAUGAAAGUUUAGUUACAAGGAACCAUGGUGUAUACCGGAAAAGUGUGAGAACCAAAAGUGGCAAUGACACUAUUUGGGUGAUUGUAAAUCGACUUACAAAGUCUGCAAUAUUUAUUCCAAUAAAGGAAAAUUGGAAGAAGAAACAAUUGGCAAAGGUCUACGUGAAGAAUGUAGUUCAACUACAUGGAGUGCCUAAAGACAUCAUUUCCGAUAGAGAUUCAAGGUUCUUGUCAAAAUUUUGGCAAAAGGUUCAAGCCAACUUGGGAACAACACUGAAAAUGAGUACUGUGUUCCACCUAGCAAUGGAUGGACAGAAUAAAAGGAUCAACCAAACCAUAGAGGAUAUGCUAAGGGCGUGUGCAUUGGAUUUUCAAGGCAAAGUUACUUACAAAUUGGCAUUACCUAUGGAGUUUGAGAAAAUGCAUGAUGUGUUACAUAUCUCUCAAUUGAAAAAGUAUGUUCCUUAUUCUAAGCACGUGCUACAACUUGAAUCGAUUCAGUUGGAUGAGACUUUAACUUAUGAUGAAAAGCCUGUGAAAUUUUUUUAUCAUAAGGUGCGUAGUACACUUAAUAAGGAUGUGAAAAUUGUUAAAGUUCUUUGGUUAAACCAAGAGUAUGAGGAAGUUACUUGGGAGGCCGAGGACUAUAUGAGAAAGAGAUACCCUGAGUUAUUUGAUGAGCUAUGGUAUUGCUUAUCUAUCUAG